AUGUCCCGCAAGCAGGCGGCCAAGGCGCGGCCCGGCGGCGGCGGCAGGAAGACGCGGCGGCCGCGGCCGCCCCCCGCCGCCCCGGCCCCGGGCGGCCUCGCCGGGCAGCUCCGGGCGCUCGGCCUCAAGCUGCGGGAGGUGCCGGGCGACGGCAAUUGUUUGUUUCGGGCCCUCGGUGAUCAGCUUGAGGGGCAUUCGCGGAACCACCUUAAACAUCGCCAGGAGACGGUGGAUUACAUGAUAAAGCAGCGGGAGGAUUUUGAGCCUUUUGUGGAGGAUGAUGUUCCCUUUGAGAAACAUGUUACGAAUUUGGCAAAGCCUGGUACCUUUGCUGGCAAUGAUGCUAUUGUGGCAUUUGCAAGGAACCAUCAAAUGAAUGUGGUUAUUCAUCAGCCUAAUGCUCCACUGUGGCAGAUUCGAGGCACAGACAAAAGCAAUGCAAGGGAAUUACAUAUUGCCUAUCGGUAUGGAGAACACUACGACAGCGUGAGGAGGAUAAAUGAUGAUUCCGAAGCUCCAGCUUAUCUUCGGAUGGAGAUGCUUUGCAAGAAUAAUUCAAAGAAGGAAGAGGAAAUGAAGCCACACAAGGGUGAAUCUGAAGAUGAAAUUGAAGAUGAAAUGGAAGAUGCUGCACAGAAAGUGUGUAAUGCAACUGGAUGUUUGGACAUUGACUUAAUAAACCAGGUUUUGGAAGUGGAAAACUACAAUGUUGAAUCAGCAAUAUUUGCCAUCCUUCAGGUGAAUAAAGUGGAAAGAAUCAGUACUGAAGAGGAGUGUGAUUCCCAGGAGACAGAUCAGAAAUUGUGCAGCUCAGCUUUGUGCAAAGAAAAUGGAAGUGGCUCAAGAAUCUUUGGAAAUCAGAGUUUGCAUCGUGAUAAAAUAGGAAACAAAGGACAGGCUAGAUGUGAUGAAGAGAAUCGAGCUGGCAAGAACACAAAGGUAUCUAAAAAACAAAAGAAAGAGCAACAGCGGUUAGAGAAGAAGAAGCGACAGGAAGAAAGGCACCGACAAAAGGUCCUGGCCAACAAGACUAACUGUGCAGAUAGUAACAGGAAGGAGACAGACUCAGAUACCCAAGUUACCCUGGUGAAGGCCCUGGCGGCAGUAAACAUAUGAAUGAAUGUGUUCUGAGUGCUCUAGAGCAGAAAGCAAAUAAAACUAAUGAAGACAAAAUUCCUCUUCAGAACAAAUUUCCAAGCAGCUGUUAUCUUAAUCUCCAAGCAUGCACUAACUUUCUGCUUCUCCAGUUGCAGGAAGAGUAAUUAUUUGGUAAUACUGCAUCAGCUGAUGUAUGAAAAGAGUUUGAAAUGAACAAAGUAGAGACUUAUUUAUUAUUUUGGACUUAGAUGAAGAGCUGAUGAAAGGAUUAUUGGUUGCUUCAAGCCUGGAUAGCUGUGAAGGGGAGCUGUCCUAUAGCCAGCAGACAAGAGGCUGAGCUUCUACUGUAGGCACGAAGGGACCUGCAAAAGCUAACUUCCUCCAUGACCGGGAUAAAUGAGCAGGUCUGCGAUGACACCACAACUUUAAUAGGGGAGAGAGGUUGACCUUCGGGCUCAUGGCCUCUGAACCUAUAAGCAAAUGUAGUUGAAAAUGAUUUAAUCUCCAAGUGUAAUUUGAUUAAAACAAACUGUUAAUGUGCUGCGCUGUCGUGUUAGACCAAUCAGGUACUCUUGAUUUUUGUAAGGAUGGCUUUGUACUUGCAAAAAAAAAAAAAACAAAACUUUUUUUUGUUUCUGAAGAUGUUAAACUUUCAUUUGGUCCACUUUAGAUUUUUUUCCCUUUAGGCACUGGCAUUAUCACUGGUAUUUUCACCAACCGUUAUGAUGUAUAUUUUUUUUUCUAGUGAGUCUUUAUGCAGGCUUCUUCAGGGAACUCAUUUUUAUGCAAGGAGUCUGCUUUGUAAACGGAUUGUAAAUUUUCCUUGCAGGGCAAAGGGAGCAAAGAAAGAAGAGACCCAAAUUCAUGAUUCACUCCUUUGUUGCUUCUGCCUGCUCUUCAGUGGAGCUAACUGUGCUUCAUAAUAUGUGGUUAUAGGAUAAUAAACUCCGCAUGUUCCUUGGUAUUUGUUUGAGAAUAGAUUGCUGUUUGUUUCUAGCUGCAUCUCAAAUACUGCUCGACAAUCUUAAAUGGACCUAACCAAGCUGAGCGUUUUGCAUGAACUUCAGCCGGCUCGGUUUUGGGAUACGCUGGGACUGCUUGAGAAGGAUGACGGCUUGUGAAGUGUUUUAGCUUGCAUCUUUGCACAUCUCGGGUGGGUGGCUGGGUGAAGACCAAGAUUAGGUUGCUGCUGGACUGGUGGGAUCACCGCUGGCCUCGAGAUGAGUGCGUGGUGGAAUCGAGGCUGUCUUUCUAGGACAAUUUAGAAAAUGCAAAGUUUGGCUGCUGCUUCCCUUCAGGCACUUGUUAGACCAAGAGCAGUCUCGGCUUGUGAGAGCUUGUCGUGACAUCCUGUGUACAGGAGGGGCUCGUAGUUUCUAGUGUACCUUAUUGAUUCGUGGAGGGCAUCGGGUUCAUUUGUUUUCUUAAACAGUAGCCUUACCUCAUCUGGAGUGCCUGAAUAGCCAAAAUAAAGUCAUGUCAUCUGUAGUAUCUGCAUCUGUAGCAGUGCUCUCGGGAGGUGCCUUCAUUUACUAUUGGAGUCUGUUGAAACCGUGCAAGACUCAUCCUCUCCCCCCUCGAAACACGUGGCAGAGGCUCUGCUCCUGUUAUCAAACCAAAUCUUGUGUUUUUGAAUACCUGGUGCAAUAAAGCCUGCAAAGAUGUGCUGCUUCAA